AUGUGUUUUCUAGGAGGCGGAAGUGGAUGUUGUUGUGGUUGUGCUCCUCCUCCACCACAACCCGCACCAAUGUGUAUGGUUCCCCCGCCUUGCCCACCCCCGCCUCCACCAUGUCAAUGUGCUCAGCCACAAAUUAUGUAUCAACCGUGUGUUCAGCAGCAACCGAGUUGUGCAGCUUGUGGAUGUGCUGGAAAACGGAAGAGACGAUCUUUGAAGUGA